CCACCGCCUCUUCGUCUCUUCGUCUUCAUCUCCCUCGUCCAAUCCUACAUAAAAAGGUUCGAGAUCAAUGGUGAUGAAGCCGACAGUGGUGUUGUAUCCACUGGCCGCCAUGGGCCACGUGGUGCCCAUUGUCCAACUAGCCAAGCUCUUCAUUCGCCAUGACUUCGACGCCGCCGUAGUCCUCAUGCAUUCCCACCUCAAGCACCCCUCCUUCGACCCCUUCAUCGCUGGCGUUUCCGCCACCCAACCUUCCAUCACCUUCCACCAGCUCCCGCCACCUACUGACUCCGUCGCCAACCCAGCCAGUCAACGAUUAAUUGACUCCGUGCGGCGGAACAACCCCCAGCUCCUCCAAUUCAUCUCUUCCUAUCGCCGGGACUCCGACAUACGUGCCGUUGUUCUAGACUCGUUCUGCGCCGACGCUCUAGACGUCACUGCUGAGCUCAGACUCCGCACCCACUUCUUCUUCUCUUCCGGUGCCUCCGAUCUCGGCGUUUUCCUCUACCUCCCGACCAUGCACGCUGCCAUGGAUGUCAGCUUCGGAGACCUCGGCGACGCGCCGCUUCACUACCCGGGGAUGCCCCCUAUCCCGGCCUCCCACAUGCCCAGCCACAUGAUGGAACGCGAAAACGAGAUGUUUAAGAAGAUGGUGCGCAUGUUCGAUCGUUUACCAGACGCCGACGCCAUCCUUAUCAACUCGUUCGAUCACUUCGAAGCAGAGGCCGUCGAGACUCUUCGAAGUGGGGUGUGCGUUCCGGGCCGUCGGAUGCCGAGUGUCUACUGCGUCGGUCCGUUGGUCGUCGACGCGAGAGGAGGUAUCGGAGAAAGAAAGGAGGAAAGGCCCGCGUGUUUGGAGUGGUUGGAUGCGCAGCCACGCUGCAGCGUGACGUUCCUCUGUUUCGGAAGCAUGGGUUCGUUCUCGGUGGAUCAGCUGAAGCAGAUUGCGACUGGCUUAGAAAGGAGCGGGCAGCGGUUCCUGUGGGUAGUCCGGGCUCCUCCUAGUGGUGAGGCAGUGAAUGUGAUCCUGCAUCCGUCGGAGCCGGACUUGGAUGCUCUGCUGCCGGAGGGAUUCUUGGAGCGGACCAAGCAGAGGGGGAUGGUGGUGAAGUCGUGGGCGCCGCAGGUGGAGGUGCUGAAUCAUGCUGCGGUGGGGGGUUUCGUGACGCACUGUGGGUGGAACUCGACGCUGGAGGCGAUCACCGCCGGGGUGGCGAUGGUGGCGUGGCCGCUGUACGCGGAGCAGCGAUUGAACAAGGUGUUUCUGGUGGAUCAGAUGAAAUUGGCGGUGGCGAUGGAGGGGUACGACAAAGAGAUGGUGAUGGCGGAGGAGGUGGAGACGAAGCUAAGAUGGGUGAUGGAGUCUGAGGGAGGGAGGGAAUUGAGGGAGCGAGCGGCGGAGAUGAAGACAAAGGCGGAGGACGCUAUGCGUGAAGGGGGGGCGUCGCAACUGGCUAUGCUGGAAGUGAUUGCUAAAGACCUCGAAAAGUUCUAACUCAUGAGAUAAUAUCAUGGCGAUAUUCUCGUUUUCCACAAUUUUUUUUUCAAUCUAUACUUUUAGCAAUAAUAAUACUAACCCCAAAUGUUUCUCACUGCUUUACAGUCGAAUAAAGAAAAUAAACCAUGAUGACCUAACAAUAUUCUAGAUGUAACGAUUUUAUUCUCCGAAGAUUUGAUAUCUGCUCUCAUGUAAU